AGCACACCUAGGGAAUAUUUCAUUUAGGAGCCCGGCCGUCAAUUAGUGCGGCGCGAUGGUGAAGGCUUACUUACGCUAUGAGCAGGAAGCGGUAUUCGGCCUCGUAGUCUCCCCUUCUUGCGGCAGCAUCUGUUUCGACCAGUCAGGUCGCUCCAUUUUAACAGGCGCGCUCGAACGCUUGCUCGUAUGGGACGUGCGCAAGGGCACGCUGCUACAGCAGCUCUCGCCACAGCCUGCCGGCGCCGGCUACAGCCAGGGCGGCGCCGGCGCCGCCAGCGCGGCCGGCAGCGUGCAUGAUGCCGUCCCAGCUGUAGCGGACGUGACGGCGAUCUGCCCGUCGCCGGCCGACGCGACGCAGGUGGCGGCGGGGUACACGGACGGCACGGUGCGCGUGUGGAACAUGGUGGAUGGCACGUGUAGGACAAGCCUUGCCGGCCACAGAUCGGGUGUAGCGGUGGUGCGGUACAACGCGGCCGGAGCGCUGCUGGCGUCGGGCGGCAGGGACGCGGAUAUCGUGGUGUGGGACGUGGCGGGCGAAGUGGGGCUCGUGCGACUGAGGGGGCACAGAGACCAGGUCACAGAUCUGACCUUUCUCGAGGGCUCCUUGGUGCAGCACCAGUCGCUGCUCAUCAGCUGCAGCAAGGACGCCCAGAUCAAGGUCUGGGACCUCGCCCUGCACCACUGCAUCCAAACCAUUGCCGAGCCUAGGGGCGAGCUCUGGACGCUAGCCGUCCACCCGAGCCUGCCCAGGCUCGUCGCGGCCGGCACCGAACCUGAGGUCCUGGUCUUCCAAAUCAGGGCGGAAAGGGGGAGAGUUGUGGGCGUGGGACAGGGCGCAGAGCGGGCUUUAAGUGUGCGGUUCGACGGGCCAGGGAAGGUGCUAGCCUGCCAAAGCGCAGGGAAAGCUAUUGAGUUGUUCCGGGUGCGCACCCCUGGAGAGGCUAUCAGGCAAGCCAAGAGGCGGAGAAGGAGACAGGUGGAGAAAGGAAAGGGGAAGGGGGGCACGGGGGAGGGUGGGGUAGAGGAGGAGGCGGAGGGAGGAGGGGAAGGAGUGGGGGAAGGGGGAGAGGGAGGGGAGCGGAGGGAUGGAGGGGCGGAGGUGACUGUAGAGGGGGCGGAUGAGUUUGCCUCGAUGUUUACCAUUCGUCUGAAGCACAGAGUGAGGGCGAUUGCGUUUGCGCCCAAGGCAGCGGGAGCAGGGGGAGCAGGGGGGAGGGGAGGGGGGAAAGGGGGAGCAGAGCCGUCACUGGCGCUGGCCCUGCACAACAAUAGUGUGGAGAUCCACACCAUUCAUGCCGACAGCAGCACCCGGGCGGCGUCUCUCCAGUCUGCCGGCCACCGGUCGGACGUCCGCUCGUUGGCGCUCUCCUCAGAUGGCUCGCUUCUUUUGUCCGUUUCUAAGGGCUCUGCAAAGGUGUGGAACCCCGUGACCGGCGCCUGCCUUUCUUCCUUCGACUCGGGCUAUGGCCUCUGCUGCCUCUUCGCUCCUGGUGAUAGAUAUGCCAUUUCAGGCACUCAGUCCGGAGACUUGGAGGUGUUUUCAGUGGCGAGCGCGGAGCGCACGGCGCUGAUACAGGCGGCACACGACAAGGCGGUGUGGGCCAUGGCCCCUUUGGCUGACAACACCGGUUUUGCGACUGCCUCUGCUGAUGGCUGCGUCAAGUUUUGGGAGUAUCAGAUGCAGCUCUUGGGGACCGAUUCAGACAAGGAUGCUCUGGCAGCCGGAAGGGGCGAGAAGCACUUAACAGUGGUCAACACACGCACGCUUAAAAUGUCAGACGACGUGCUAAGUUUGGCGUUUAGCCCGGACGGCCGAUACAUUGCACUCUCGCUCCUGGACUCCACCAUCAAGGUCUUUUUCGUCGACUCCCUGCGCUUCUUCCUCUCGCUGUACGGCCACAAGCUGCCAGCCAUCUGCCUUGACAUCUCCUCGGACUCGCAGCUCGCUGUAUCAGGCUCGGCAGACAAGAGCGUCAAGAUAUGGGGCUUGGACUUUGGAGAUUGCCACCGGUCGCUGUUCGCUCACCAGGACAGUGUGAUGUGCGUUAAGUUCGUGCCGCGCACGCACUACUUCUUCUCGUGCGGCAAGGACCGCAGAGUGCGGUACUGGGAUGCAGACAAGUUCCAGCUGCUGCUCACACUUGAAGGGCACCACGCCGAGGUGUGGUCGCUGGCCAUCAGCCCCCUGGGCGACUUCCUGGUGUCAGGCUCCCACGACCGCUCCAUCCGCAGAUGGCAGCGCACGGACGAGCCCUUCUUCCUCGAGGAGGAAAGGGAGAAGCAGCUAGAAGCCAUGUUUGAGGCGCGGGCCGUGGCGUUACCAAACGAGGGACGCCGCCCAGAAGGCGGCGAGGACGAGGAGGGCGGCGAAGGGGCGGAGGCCAGCAUGGGGGGAGGGGGCGCGGUGGGCGAGCUGGGCGGCGUGGGAGGGGCGGCGCGGGGCACUCAGGAGACAGUCUGGGCGGCAGACUCGAUUAUAGAGGCGGUGGAAUUGGCGUCGAUGGAAGAGGCUAGGAUGACUCCCUUUAUCAAGGACCCCAGUGACCCCAACAGCCUGCUGCCCUCCUUCCAGCCCAACGUGCUGCUCCUUGGCCAUUCCCCCGCCGGCUUUGUGCUGCGUGCGCUCGCCAGCGUCAAGCCCUCUGAGCUCGAGCAAGCGCUGCUGGUGCUUCCCUUCACAGUGGCUCUCAGGAUUCUCCACUUCGCCCCGCACUGGCUGCACCACCCACUGCCCCAGCUGGAGUUUGCUGCCCGCGCGUUGGUGUCUCUCGUCCGCAUCCACCACUCGCAGCUAAUCGCCACCCCCACUGCCCGCCCGCUCCUGGCUGCCGUGCACACGCUGCUGAGAGUGUCACUCAAGGACGCAGUAGCAACCGUUGGAUGCAACUUGGCAGCUAUAUCUCACAUCAAGUCCCUCCUAGCCUCAUCCCAAGCCUCCAUGGAUGGGGGGGAUGCCACUGGUAUGGCCGAGAAGGUGAGGGAGAUAAGGGAAAGGUUGGCUAAGGGGCGGAAUGCUGUGAUUGCUGAGAAGCUUCACAGGAGUAAAGCGGAGAAGCGCAAGCGCAGGGCGGAGAAGAAAACUGUGUUGAAGAAAUGAUUUGCAAGCCGCACUGGGUGGGUGUUCAGAUCAGAGACAAGCCAUGUGGCAAUGAAGUUGUGCUGAUUUGUGAAUGCAGUCGAAAUAAAUAUUAUCACGUAGCUGCAGCGCUCUUGUGGUA